UUUAAAAACACACCGUCGCGAAUAGUGAAACCUUAGCGUAAAGGUGUAGCAGUGUCAGAAUGUGUGUAUUUUUUAUUUGUUAAUUACAGGAGAGUUUUUCUUCCAAGCUAUCCUGAACUCAAGUGUUAGCAUGGUCGUUAGCCUGGAACUGUUUUGUGUUCCAAAGGAGUCAUUUUAAGGAGUCAACGGAUGGAAAUGAGUCGGAAAAUGAGUCGAUAGCCGGACCCAGUCAAGUCAAGCAGGACAAUGCAGACAUCACCAUGACUGCUGUUAGCAGGAUAGCAGAACCACCUGGUAGUGCACAGCCGUCGUUGAGCUCUCAACAGCCGGGAAGGGAUGCGGUCAAAGAUGGAGAGGAUGGAGAGAAAUGGUCAGCUGACUCCUCUCCACUUCACAAACCAGGACAUGCAGCCAAAUCCUUGCAAACGCCGUCGUCCUCCUUGUUGUCCUCCUCUCCUUCCACGUCGUUGACGCUGUCCCCAGGCCGAGCAAAGAUGAGCGUUUCCGGUCCUGUUAGCAGCAAACCCGUCCUGCCGCCCGUUCCGCCAUCUUCCUCCUCUCCUUCGCUCUUAUGUGAAUCCCCGAAAAUCCAUCGGGCGCGCAAAACAAUGAACAGGCCACCGCCAGUGCAGAAGAGCCAAAUCGAUACACCCGGUGCUCCCGUGCCUCCUUCAGGGUCAUCGUCAGACACAGACACCGUUGCAAAAAAGAGAAAACUGGACCACAUACCUGCCAGCACUCCUGAGAAGACCCUGUCAGACAAUACCCAAAAUACGGAUUCAGAAUCGGAAUCUCAAAGAAACACACCCCUUCAAAACAAGUCUCUAGACUUCCCAUGGAAUCAGGCAGAGGAGGGGAACGACGAUAAAAUCACCUCGGAUGCGGCGGAGGCUGUUGGAGAUGGAACAUCCGCAGAGUACACAGAGGUUCCCUUAGGUGCCCUAGACAUUGCUGCUGCUGACAGUCUGACACUCUCACCCCAUCAUGACGGCAGUGACGGCGGCGACACGGAGCGGCUGGAGGAACUUCCUCUGUGCAGCUGCAGAAUGGAGGCCCCUCGUGUCGACAGCGCCAGCCACUACGUGAGCCGACAGUGCAUGGCCACCGAGAGCAGCAACGGAGAGCUGAGGGCUUGUACUAAUGUGACCAGCAAAGGAGAGACCAUGCGGCCAUCUAGCAGGGUACCCCUCAUGGUGCUUUGCGACACCCAUCGCUCACAUAUGGUCAAGCACCACUGCUGCCCCGGCUGUGGCUACUUCUGCAUAACUGGAACAUUCCUCGAAUGCUGCCCGGACCAGCGCAUCGCCCACCGUUUCCACCGGGGCUGCGUGACAGUGCUCGGGGGCGGACGCAGCAGGGCAAACGGCGGAAUGCUCUUCUGCCCCCACUGCGGCGAAGAUGCUACCGAGGCCCAGGAGGUCACAGUGCCUUCGUCUAGUUUGACGGCAGCCACGGCGACGAAGGUCGUCACCAUGUCGGCGUCCUCCACCACGACGCCGUCUCUACCGCCGUCUGCACCCACCGCGCCCUCGCUCACGGCCUCUACGGGUGGGAUGAAGGAUGGGAAAAUGCCUGAAAGGCCUGUCAGUGCACGUAUGCGCAGCCACGGACUGGAAACGUUGACCGUGGAUCAACAACAACAACAACAACAACAGCAACCAACCCAACCCGUACCCUCCACUGCAUCCGUCACCACCAUCCCCCCCCCUGAGGAAGGAGUGGACAGCGUGGGUCCUUCUGUCUGUAUGCCCAACGGGAAACCUGUUAGCCCUAGCGCUCUUCCGCCAGGACCAAGCAGGGCGGCGCUACAAAAGGCUAUUCUCACACAGGACACUGAAAGGAGAAAGAAACUGAGGUUCCAUCCCCGCCAGCUGUACCCUGCCGCCAAGCAAGGCGAGGUGCAGAGAGUUCUACUUAUGCUAAUGGAGGGAAUCGAUCCCACAUACCAGCCUGAUUCCCAGAACAGGCGCUCUGCUCUACACGCUGCCGCUCAAAGAGGUCUCCUGGAAGUCUGCUACAUACUUCUACAGGCGGGUGCUCACAUUGACGCUCAGGACAAGGACUUCAGGACGCCUCUACUGGAAGCCAUCGUGAACAACCACAUAGAGGUGGCUCGAUACCUUGUUCAAAAUGGCGCCUGCGUUUACCACGUUGAGGAGGAUGGCUAUACUGGACUCCAUCAUGCAGCCAAACUGGGCAACUUGGAAAUUGUCAGCAUGCUACUGGAGACGGGACAGGUUGAUGUAAAUGCACAGGACAACGGUGGCUGGACGCCAAUCAUCUGGGCUGCAGAACAUAAACACGUGGAGGUGAUCAAAGUGCUGCUGAACCGAGGAGCCGACGUGGCCAUCAAUGACAAGGAGCUGAAUGUGUGUCUUCACUGGGCAGCGUAUGCCGGAAACGUUGAUAUAGCCGAGAUGGUGUUGAACGCCGGAUGUUCCCUGGCAGCUGUAAACCUGCACGGGGACACGCCGCUCCACAUCGCCGCCAGAGAAGGUUACUUGGAAUGCGUUACGUUGUUUCUCUCCAGAGGUGCGGAUAUUGACACCAUGAACAGGGAAGGAGACACGCCCCUCACCCUUGCACGUCCCGACACGCCAGUAUGGGUUGCACUCCAAAUUAACAGAAAGAUACGAAGGGGAAUAACCAAUCGCAUGCUUCGGACAGAAAGAAUCAUAUGCAGUGACAUCGCCCAGGGCUACGAGAACGUGCCCAUUCCAUGUGUGAACGCAGUGGACGACGAAGGCUGCCCUUCGGACUACAAGUACGUUUCGGAAAACUGUGAAACAUCCGCAAUGAACAUAGAUCGUAACAUCACACAUUUACAGCACUGUGGCUGCACGGACGACUGCUCGUCCAGUAACUGUCUCUGCGGACAGCUCAGCAUCCGGUGCUGGUAUGACAAGGACCAGCGGUUGCUUCAGGAGUUUAACAAGAUCGAACCCCCACUUAUAUUUGAAUGCAACAUGGCCUGUUCUUGUCACAGGACAUGCAAGAACAGAGUAGUACAGGCUGGUAUCAAAGUUCGCCUUCAACUUUACAGGACUGAGAAGAUGGGCUGGGGCGUUCGAGCGUUGCAGGACAUUCCCCAAGGAAGCUUCAUCUGCGAGUAUGUAGGGGAGCUCAUCUCGGAUGCAGAAGCCGACGUCCGAGAGGAUGACUCCUACCUUUUUGACCUCGACAAUAAGGACGGUGAGGUGUAUUGUAUCGACGCCCGUUACUACGGCAACAUCAGCCGCUUCAUCAACCACCUUUGCGACCCCAACCUCAUACCGGUGCGUGUGUUCAUGCUGCACCAGGACCUGAGAUUUCCUCGCAUUGCUUUCUUCAGCUCCAGAGACAUCCUCAGCGGCCAAGAGCUAGGGUUUGACUAUGGAGACCGCUUUUGGGACAUUAAGAGCAAGUACUUUACCUGUCAGUGUGGCUCGGAGAAAUGCAAACAUUCUGCAGAAGCCAUCGCUUUGGAACAGAGCAGACUGGCCAGAAUGGAGGCCAGUCCAGAGGCGGGAGCAGACUGUGGAUUAACAAUACCCGGACACAUUUAAAAAAACAAAAAAAAACAAACUCACCCUAUUAACAUGCUGCAUUUAACAAAAUAUGAAUUAUUUCACAUGUUGUGUUUUUUUUUAUUUUAUUUUAUGCGAUAGGAACAGAUUUGCAACAUUAACUUUUAUCAUUCAUGCUCUGAAAACACUCAAUGCUUAUUAUACGAGAACAACUUUUGUUUACAUUCUGUAUGCGUAUUGUUAAACAGUGUAUAUUUGCCAUUAUGUAACACAUACAUUGUAUAUUGCAGCAUUUUUUUUACACAAUCCAUACACUUCUGACCUAACACGUAGUUGUACAGAGGAAUAGGAUUUCCACUUGUGUUGCCUUUUAUUUUUUAUUUUUUAACAUGUUUUUUACUUUACUACAAUAAAUUCAGGACAAUGUUUUUCAUA